UGCUGAUGUGCCGCUGACAGACAAGAACAAAAGGUCCGAAGCCGUAGGGUAAGGAACGUAGAAAAAAGAAACAAACGAACCCCGAAACUCCGGUCUCAACGGCUUUCGUUGGGAGGCUUUUCCUGUCUUCCACUUUCUUCUUUUCCUUCGUCAGAUGGUCAUUCGACUUUGCUCAUACCAGACUGGCUCGGUCCACGUUGUUCCCCCAUAACCACUCUGCCUUUUCCCUACGUACAGGGUGCCGCUCCCAAGGACCCGUUUAAGGUUUCUGACAGAAAGACACUUAUGUUCCUGGACCUGGUCAAAGACCCCAGCACGCGCUCCCCCUCUCCGUCUCAUUCUUACGUUCGCGGAUCUCCAAUCCAACGUCCAGUUUGCGGCACAUCCUGGCUAGGCACACGAGCCCUCACUUGAGAACACCAGGCGACGUCGAUCGGAGACGGCGGUAUCAAUCGCUCCUCGGUGAUAGAGUCGAGCAGGAACCGCGGGAAGGGAAACGGGACAGAAUACGCCGCUCGUACGUCUUCUUCUCGAGCCUGGUUUGAGCCAGCAUCGCACAAGUCAUGGCGGACACCACCACAGCAAGAGCAGAGGCCGAUCAGCCCGAAAAGUCGCCCUCACCUCCUCUGCCUCAAUCGGGACACCGCUCGCGAUCAGGAUCGGGCGGACGGCAGACACCACCACAGCAGGACUUUGAAGCGGAGAACGUGGUCGAGGCCGACACGGAAGAUGACGGCGCGUCGUCGCGGGCGGGAGACGAGGUCUGGGACGAAGGGUUCGACGGCAGCAGCAUCGGCAACCACUCGGCCUCGACGUCGCUAUCCAACAGCGUGCGCGACUACGUCUUUGAGAACACCCGGCGGUAUCACAAGUACAUGGAGGGCCGGUACCUGAUGCCCAAUGACGAGCCGGAGCAGGAGCGUGAGGAUAUGAAGCAUGCCAUGUGCGUCAAUGUCAUGGAUGGAAAGCUUCAUUGCGCGCCGUUGGAGAAUCCGCAAAAGAUUAUUGAUAUUGGUACGGGGACGGGAAUCUGGGCUAUUGAUAUGGGCGACGAGUACCCAGAAGCAGACAUAUCCGGCAUCGACCUGAGCCCAAUCCAACCAACCUGGGUACCCCCUAAUGUCCGCUUCGUCGUUGACGACGCAGAGGCAGAAUGGGUCUGGCCGCCCUCCUCCCUCGACUUCGUGCACGCGCGGCACAUGUGCAUGGCCGUCAAGAACUGGCCGCGUAUGCUCUCCCAAGCCUUCACCGCGCUGAAGCCCGGCGGCUGGGUUGAGUUGCAGGAGCUGCGCUUCGUCCUGCAGUGCGACGACGGGACGAUGCCCGGGCCCGAGGAGUACGGCUACGGCAAGUUUGUGGACCUCUGCAUGUCCGGGUUCCGGAGCUUCGGCAUCAACCCGCUGGCGAUGGAGAGGAAUUCGGAGAUGCUCCGCGAGAACGGGUUCGAGAAUGUUGUUGAAAAGGUGUGGAAGGUGCCCAUCGGGACGUGGCCGCGAGACCAAAAGCUCAAGACGAUUGGGCUGUAUAACCGCAGCAUGCUCAUUGAUGCGCUUCAGGCUGUGAGUAUGGCGCCGUUGACGAGAGGGCUCAAAUGGAGUCCUGCCGAGGUGGAAGUGUUCCUGAUUGAUGUGCGGAAGAGCCUGAUGAAUGUGUCGAUACACUCGUAUCUGACGUUCCAUGUGGUGUUCGGACAGAAGCCUUAUGAUGGCUACUAGAUAUGAGAGGGAUUUGGCGUUUGCUGGUAUAGGAGUUUGGCAGUGGUUGCACCAAUGUUGUAAAGAGUUGGGAGGAGGAUUUCUCAGCCAUCAACUUAGGAUUCAUUCGAUUUUAUCAGGGCCAAGAUGUCCAUGAACUAUUAGCACCGAGUGCCACAGAUACCUCAUUACGUGGCAGACCACGAUUCUCAUAUGCCCUUCAUGGUGUACCAAGACAGUACGGUCAAGCAGGCCGUCUAUAUAGGGUACCUAGAGUCUCAAGGAGUCGCUGGCUGAGGGUACUAGAUGUUCCCCUUAACUAAUCUACAAGUAUUCCC